UACGUUAAGAUUGUACGGCACAACCGCCAAAGCUCAACCGUUUCAAACUUCCGAAGCUUCCGUUUGUUUCCAAUAGAUGGCGUCCUCGCGGAAUGAGCUUUCUUCAUUCCGGCACAAUUUUGUUGCUUGGGAACGGCACGGACUGACAGUUCGGUGUGAAAAUUGCAUGCAUGCAACAGUUUGUUUACGUCGAUGAUUUUCGUGUUUUAUUUUGCACGUAAUUUGCGUUUAAAAGUACAGAAAAACCGUGUUCACACUUUCCAACGAUCGUUUGCUACAGUGCAGCACUGUUUGGUGGACCGCAAUUGGUCAAAGUUCGAGCCGUUCGUAGCUCCUUGUGUAUCCCUAGCUUAACCUAGCUUAUCGUGCGGCCCCCGGUUUCCCGCUACCGGCUAAAGGAUUUCAAACUUAUGGCCCUGAAGUUGGCCUAGUUAGCUCUUAGACGCUGCUGCGACGAGAAGAAGCGUGGAGUGGAAGGCACACAUAACAACAAAAAAACAUGUCACAGAUCGCGCGUCACGCGAGCAGAAGCCAGAUGAAUGGCGCUGGCCUUGUCGACGUCGUCGUCCGGGGCUGGCAGCGUACUUUCCACACCAACACAGCGGCAGCCGUUAAAUUUCGCACCACAGAUGCUGUGUCGGCGGCCCACGGCGGCAUUACAAACACUACUUCGAACCAUCGUUGGAACCUUCGUCGUUACAGCCGUACUACGGAUCGAUAUGAUGAUGGUGGAUUCGGUAGGUUCGAAUCGUCGCGUGUUGCUCCCGGCAAACCAUCGGAUGCUACUGGCCAAAACAGGAAUGCGCCCUCAACAACAUUGUACGCGAACAGCGGCGGGAAGGAUUCGGAUGUGAUAAGCGUGCGUGGAAAGAUCUUAUCAAACACGGUGCUAUCGCGACAGCACAUGACGCCGGAAAUCGCACUGCACCUCAUAACGCCCGAUUGUGCCAUCUACCAUCAACCCGUCGGCGCCGGCCACCACAACAGCGACAACAGUGGCGCCGAUACCGGUUUCUCCGCGGAUCCGUUUUGGGGAUUUUUCUGGCCCGGAGGUCAAGCGCUAACGAGGUUUAUUCUUGACACGGGACACGUUUUCCGCGGGAAGACGGUGCUGGAGGUGGGAUGCGGCUGUGGCGCUUCCGCGAUCGCUGCCCUGCUGGUGGGAGCUACCCGUGUCAUAGCAAACGACAUCGAUCCAGGCCACACUACUGAACGCGGAGCGGAAUGGGAUCACGGGUAAUCGGUUGGUGGUUAGCAGCGAUAACCUUAUCGGCCAAGGCGCCGACGAAACCCACCAAACAGUGGACCGGUGCGAAGUGGUGCUAAUAGGCGACCUGUUUUACGAUACAGAGAUAGC